GCCGGGAGGGAGGGAGAAGAUGGCGGCCUCGGUGACCGAGCUGCUGAGGGAGAUCGCGGAGCUGGAGGAGCCUCUGGCGGAGCUGAAUAGUUUGAAGGCUGCUGUGAAUUCCGUGCCGUUGAACACGCUGCGGGAACUGGCGACGGGCUUGCGCUUUGGGGUGUUGUUCAACCUGCUGGAUUGCGAUGACAGGGAACAAAUUGAUGUGUGUGUUGCCAUUCUGGAGCGACUUCUGCAAGCUUUGGAACCAGUCUUCCUGGCUCAAAAUUACAAGCUGGAACUCCAGAAGGGACUUCAGCAUUCUGAUGACCGUGUUAAAGUCUUGGCGCUGACACAAAUUGGGCGGAUUGCUGAGAGCACAGAUGCGGUUGUGACAGUUCUUGGUUCUCCUGAGUUGCUUAAGGAGAUGAUCCAUAGAAUUGGUGGCGAGAAAAUAUCUGUGGCAAAAGAGGCAAUCAAAGCCCUUUCCAGAAUCGCCCAGAAUAAAGGUGGACUUGAUGCAUUAUUCACCACCAGUAUGUUACAAGAUUUGAAAGAUGUUAUGGGCAUCAAUGAUGUGGUGCGAUACAGAGUUUAUGAGUUGGUGCUGGAGAUAGCAAACAUGUCACCUGUUUCACUGGGGUAUUGUGCCAACAGUGGUUUUAUAACUCGGUUGCUUGGUGAGCUUGCAGGGGAUGAUGUCCUCAUCAGAGCUACCGCUAUCGAGAUGAUCACCAUUCUUGCUCAAAGUCAGCAUGGACGACAGUACCUGGCUCAACAAGGCGUCAUCGAUAGAAUCUCAAACAUGAUUAUAGGUGCAGAUUCUGAUCCCUUCUCUGGCUUUUAUUUACCAAAUCUAGUGAAGUUUUUUGGAAACUUGGCAAUGGUUGAUAGUCCUCAACAGAUCUGUGAACGUUAUCCUGUCUUUAUUGAAAAGGUGUUUGAGAUGAUUGAAGGACAGGAGCCAACCAUGAUUGGAGUUGGCUUAGAUACCAUUGGGAUUCUUGGAUCAUGUAUUGAAGGAAAGCAAGUUCUAAAUAAAACAGGUACUGCAUUCCAAGAGGUUUUGAGAAGGCUGGGUUCAAUUUCGUGCAACGCUUCCACAGAUGUACGCAUCCGCUGCCUUGACACAAUCGCUUCUCUCCUUUCCCUGCCAACUGAUCAGCAAACUGAAGAUAUUCUAGGAAUGACCGAGUCCUGGUUCCAUGCCUUGCACAGCCAUCCAAUGGAAACAUUCCGCAGUAUGAGUUCCCAGCCUUUCCCAGAUAUCCACAUUGGCGCACUAAAAGUCUUCACUGCAAUUGCUAGUCAGCCUUGGGGUCAGAGACUGAUGAUCGGUACACCAGGCUUUGUGGAAUACAUUGUUGACAGGUCAACGGAAGCUGACAAAAACUCGAAGGAUGCCAAAUUUGAACUGGUAAAAGCCCUUGUAAAUUCCAAGACAAUAGCUGAAAUCUUUGGAAACCAACAUUACCUGCAACUUCGAGCGUACCUGCAGGAAGGCCCUUACUUCGUAAAAGCAGUGGCAACAGUAGCUGUGGAAGGUGGAGAGUAGCUGCCUGAUCCUGAUCAUUGAAGAAUAUUUCUUUGUUAAUUAUUUUUUUUUGUAAAGGACAUGUUAUAUGAAGCUUGAAUUUGAACAGAAGCUUCGAUUAAGUGGCAUCUUUGAUCUCUUUACCCACUUUUUCCUCUUCCUUUCCAUUCCUUUAAACAAACCAUGAGUAAUGGUAAGAUCUGCAACCUGGAUAAUAUAAAUGUCUGUCAUUUUGAGAUGUUGGGCCAGAGUUAUAUAUUUUGUCAUAACAUCCACCUGACUUUGGUUUCCAGCUGAACAUCAGUCUUUAUAUUUAUUAAAAAAGAACUUUUAUGAUUGA